AUGUCUGACGCUGGACCAGUUGCCGCUGCCGCUUCGGCGGCCGCCAACUACAAGAAGCUCAAGGAGGAUUUUGUCUCUGGUCUUUCGGGAGGAUCGGCGGGCGAGGUGAACCUCGUGACGGCUGUCGCUCCGGUUGCCAUCCUCGCCUGGUCCGUUUUGCAGCGCCGGCAGUCUUUUUUUCGCCCCUACACCCUGCUGGCCUUUAUCGUCGACUUUUGCCUCAACGUUGGCGCUAUCCUUCUGGCCAUCACGCUCUACGCCGACCGCCCUGUCCUGCUCAGCUCCAUCCUGAUCGCUCAGUCGGUCUUUGUCUAUGCUCUACCCCGGAAUGUUGGCGACAGCAGCAGUCGGCGGGUGCGCGUGCCCAAGAGACCAAAGGACGUCAGCAGCAGCCGGCUGAGCGAGCUGCCGAAGAAGUCGUUUCUCACGGCCUACCGCGGAUGCAUGCUCGUCGUCACCUGUCUUGCCAUCUUGGCCGUCGACUUUCGCGUCUUCCCCCGGCGCUUUGCCAAGGUGGAAACCUGGGGCACCUCGCUCAUGGACAUGGGCGUGGGCUCCUUUGUCUUCUCGGCCGGUGUCGUGGCUGCCCGACCAGUCCUCAAGGAGCGUCUCGCUGCGGCCAGCAGUGGCGGCCGGACAUUGCUGGCACGACGCCUGCUGACCUCGCUGCGACACUCGCUGCCGCUGCUCGUCCUCGGCAUCAUCCGGCUGCUGAGCGUCAAGGGACUGGACUACGCCGAGCACGUGACCGAAUACGGCGUGCACUGGAACUUUUUCUUCACGUUGGGCCUGCUGCCGCCGUUUGUGGCCGUGGCCCAGUCGGCCUUGCGCUUCAUCCCGUCGUACGCCGCCCUGGCUGUCCUGCUGGCCGGCGUGUACGAGGCGGCACUGGACUUUACCGACCUCAAGGCGUACGCACUGACGGCACCGCGCGUCAGCCUGUUGUCGAAGAACCGCGAGGGCGUUUUCAGCUUCGUCGGCUACCUGACCAUCUUCUUGGCCGGCCAGGACACGGGACUGUACGUGCUGCCACGGGGACGUCCGGCCUCACCUGCAGCGUCGCCGCUGCUGUCGUGGCUGCGGCGCAACCGCCUGCCGGCAUGGGCGGUGGCCUGGACGGCGCUGCACCAGCUGACGAUUAGCCGACCGGCUGGGCUCGGCCUGACCGAGUCGCGGCGCCUGGCCAACCUGCCGUACGUGCUGUGGGUGCUGUCGUUCAACACCGUGCAGCUAACCAUGUUUUCGCUCGUGGAUGCGUGGCUAUUUUCCGGCAUGGGCGAGGCCAAAGACGUGCAGGCCGAGGAGGCGGUCUACGAGGAGGCAACUAGUCCGGUGCUGCGGGCCUACAAUCGCAACGGGCUGGCCGUCUUCCUGCUGGCGAACCUGCUGACGGGCUUGGUCAACCUCACGGUGCCGACACUGGACGCAAGCCCAGCGCUAUCGAUGGGCAUCUUGGUGGCGUAUGCAGGAUCGAUCACCCUCGUAGCCGUGGCGCUGGACAAGUGCGAUAUCACGAUCAAGCUGUGA